GUCAUUCUUAUCAAAGCAAUGAACAUUGGAAAUGUUGUCCCCAUGGUGUCAAGUAUCUGUUAACAUACUGAAAGAAAAAUGUUUUUUAGGAAAAUGUUUUUAUCCCCUUCCCACGUACCACUGGAAGUUAAAACUAAAUGUUAUAAUUCAGAUUUAAAUGAAGUAUAUCUUGAAGUCCAGAUUAAGAAUAUUUCAUCUUCAACUAUUUUUAUACAAAAGGUUUCCUUAGAGCUAUCUGAAAUGUACACUGGGGCAGAAUUAAAUAUUGUCAGUCAAGCUGGAGAAGAUGAGUGUACCUUUGGAACAAGAAUGUUUUUACAGUCAAUGGAAGGACGCCAGUAUUUAUACAACCUUCAGCUCAAGCAGGAAUUUUCAGAAAAAGUUGGCACUAUUAGUAGACAAACAGAACUGGGGAAAUUAAUUAUACUAUGGAAAAGAAAUCUAGGUGAAAUGGCAGUGCUACAGACAAUCCAACUUGAAAGAGAAUCUCUGGAUUAUGGAAAUUUAAGGUUAUCUUUGGAGGAAAUCCCAGAAACUGUAAUUCUAGAAAAGCCUUUUAAUGUAACCUGCAAGAUAACAAACUGCAGUGACAGGAAAAUGAAAUUGGUUUUGAGGAUGAAUGAUACAGAUUCUGUUCGUUGGUGUGGAACUUCAGAAAGGUACCUUGGAAAAUUGUCUCCAAAUUCAUCUCUUUGCUUUUCCCUGACACUACUGUCCUUAAAAAUGGGCCUGCAAAGUAUUUCUGGAAUAUGUAUAACAGACAAAGUAUUAAGGAAAUCCCAUGUCUGUGAUAAUAUUGCAAAAGUAUUUGUAGUGUCAUCGAUACUUAAAAUGAAAAGCUAAAGAAAAUUUCCAAUGUUAUGCU